AUGGCCCUUCGAUUAUUACAGAUUGGUGUUUUGUGCAAUAUCAAUAAUCCUUGUCCGGGUAAUUCCUCUAAUAGUUUUCAAGAGAUUUGGCGUAAAAUUGCAUUUAUCACUUACAAAACUGUAUUUUAUUGUUUUAUUUUUCCAGCAAUCAAUAUCCGGCUGGUCGGUGGGAAAGAUCCUUCGCAGGGACGUAUAGAAAUCCAGAGUGCCGACGGUAACGCCGGCGAUGAUCCAUGGGGUACUAUUUGCGAUGACCAAUACGAGGAAGAUAAUAAAGCAGCUACUGUGAUAUGCCGGCAACUUGGUUACCUCUGGGGGGAAGGAACUGCAAAUCGGGUGUUUUUAUCCGGCGCCACUGACAUGCCAAUAUUCCUGGACGAAUUAGACUGUAACGGAUCGGAAACGUCUAUUACUCAGUGCAGAAGUAGCGGCUGGGGCCGACAUAACUGUUACCAUCACGAGGAUGUCGGCGCCAUAUGUCACAAUACAACAGCAAUCAAUAUCCGGCUGGUCGGUGGGAAAGAUCCUUCGCAGGGACGUAUAGAAAUCCAGAGUGCCGACGGUAACGCCGGCGAUAAUCCAUGGGGUACUAUUUGCGAUGACCAAUACAAGAAAGAUAAUAAAGCAGCUACUGUGAUAUGCCGGCAACUUGGUUACCUCUGGGGGGAAGGAACUCGAAAUCAUGUGUUUUUAUCCGGCGCCACUGACAUGCCAAUAUUCCUGGACGAAUUAGACUGUAACGGAUCGGAAACGUCUAUUACUCAGUGCAGAAGUAGCGGCUGGGGCCGACAUAACUGUUACCAUUACCAGGAUGUCGGCGCCAUAUGUCACAAUACAACAGUUCGAUUACAGACCAACUCAAAACAGACAAAUGUUGGAGUGGUGCAAGUGAUGUACAGUUAUAAAUGGGGAGAAGCGUGUGACGAUGGCUGGAACGAUUAUGCCGCUACCAGUGUGUGUAAAGAGCUCGGUUUUGUGUACGGUAUAGCAAAAUGCUGCUCGGCUCUUGGGCCUUCUGGGUGGUCUGAGAAUAGGAUAGGCAUCGUUGAUCGAUCAUACGAGUACACGUGCAUCGGAAAUGAGUCCAAAUUAACCGACUGUAAGAACACGAGCUACAGGGGAAAGUGUGCUUAUUCUCACCGUGCAUCCGUCAUCUGCCACAAUACAACCGCGGACAAUGUUGACACGAGUUUCGAUAUUCGGCUAUCCGGUGGUCAGGAUUACUGGGGCCGGGUAGAAGUGCGCCACAGCGGUGUUUGGGGUCAACUUUGUGACUACAGAUGGAGCGAUGCUUCAGCCAACGUCACGUGUAAGCAAUUAGGGAAAGGCUUUAUUGGGGGCGAGGCUUUUGGGUCGGUGACAACGUCUGACUUGCCGUUCUGGUUGGUUGGCGUUACUUGUAAGGGCACAGAAUCGAGUAUCGAGAAGUGUAACUACACGCAGUGGGGUGAACCUCAAUUUGAUUGCAAAGCUGCCUAUGUGCUGUGCUACAAGACCACAGUGCGAUUAAGUGGAGGAAAGGGAAAUUCAGGAAUUGUUGAAUACUUCGAGAAAGAUGCCUGGACAGGGUUUUGUAGCGAAGGAUUCGAGCCAGAGUACGCUGUGUUGGUAUGUAAAGAAACAGGUCACAAAACCGGAAGUUUAUUGCCACCCGGAGCAUACGGUUCAUAUAUAUCGGCCCUUGGUCGGAAGAACCUUAAAUGUCAGCCUAAUGAUACAAGCAUUAUGAACUGCGAGUAUGACACCCAGGCAUGCCGAGCCACCCAGUAUGUAGCGGUCAGUUGCCAUGACGACACACGAGAUAACGGUCCUCAGUAUCGGCUGGGUGGCGACAGCCCCGACCCUACGUACGGAAGUGUGGACAUCUACUUACACCACAUCUGGGGGGAAAUAUGCGCGACUGGCUGGACUGAUACAGAAGCAGACGUCUUUUGUCGAACAUUGGAGCGGGGUUUCAAAAGGGGCGUGGCCUUAUAUCAUUACAAGCGACGAAGAACGCCUACGCUUGUAACUGAAGUCAAGUGCAACGGAAAUGAGACAGCGUUUACAGACUGUGUGAUAGGGAACUACGCAACAUGCCUUACCUCACAACGAGCUGGUGUCAUCUGCUACAAGGAAUCAGCGAACUGAGUUCUUCAUAGAUGUGAAUAACAGGACUUACCGUGACAAUGUAUUUGGAAAAACAUGAGUCUGUUUAUGUAAAAUUUUUACAUUCCAUUAAACAAAUAUACUGCAAGACAUUUGUGUGUAUGUUGUCUUUGUAUAUUGUGUACAUAUAUAGCGGCACUGUGGCAGUAUUCAGUAUACACCUGAAAAUAUAAUUUAUCUCACCCUCUUUAUGAUAAGCAGCCUGUGUAAGGUAAAAGAAUCAUUCAGUAUAUUUUUAGAUAUAUCAUACUGAAUAAAGGCUGUUUACCUUA